AUGACCCUCAGCUCUCAGCCUCCCGAGGCCCUAGGACGGCAGAUCUGCACAGAAACACUGGCACCUUCUGAUGGCAAAGGAGGCAAAGCUCUAGUAACGCCCCGCGCGGUGCCCCGGGACGGGAAGGCGGCGUCGGCGGCGGCGGGAAGCCGGAGGGGAGCGGGGCGCCUGGUCCUCGAGGGGCCGUCGGGGCCCCGCACCGCCGGGUGGAUGGGCCCGGGGGCCCCCGGCAGCAGCGCCGGCUCCCGGACUCUUCUCCUGGCCCUGGCCCUGGGUCUAAUCGUCCUCCAUUGUGUGGUGGCAGAUGAGAAUUCAACCAGAAGUCCUGGAACACAUGGCCCUCUUUGUGGAGCUCUCGGGGAAAACUGUGCAGCCACCACCACCCCGCCAGCCAGGCGCAGAGACCACUUCUCCCGCUGCCCCAAGCCCUACAAGCACUACUGCCUCGGGGGGCGCUGCCGCUUCGUGGUGGCCGAGCAGACGCCCUCGUGCAUCUGCGAUGAAGGCUACACGGGCGCGCGGUGUGAACGGGUGGAUCUGUUUUAUCUACGGGGGGACAGAGGACAGAUUCUGGUGAUUUGUUUGAUAGCAGUGAUGGUCGUUUUCAUCAUUUUGGUCAUCGGCGUCUGCACAUGCUGCCAUCCUCUUCGGAAACAUCGUAGAAAAAGGAAGAAGGAAGAAGGAAUGGAAACUCUGAGUAAACAUCUAACCCCUGCAAAUGAAGACAUUCAAGAGACACAUAUUGCCUAGAGGCCAGUGGCGAGCUACAAAGUGUGCCUUCCUCGUUUGAAAAUGGACGGAACAUGCCUCAGGAAAACAGCUAGUAGACACAAACUUUAACUAUGUACUUUACUUUUGUAUUUUUUAUUUGUAAUAUUCAUUUGUUUUGGUUAUUAUUAUUUUUAACAAUAAUUUUAUUCUAGUCUAGUGAUGGGUAAAAGGUACACGUGUAGGUAGCAGUAAGGAGAAGGGACAUUUCAACAGAUUUCCUCUGAAAUUGUAUCCCAGGAUGACAUGUCAAAUUUAAAAAGUGGGAAGGGAUUUAGAGCUUAAGGACUGAAUCAGUAAUAAAGCUACUGUGUUCACUUGUUUACCAUACGCUGGAUUUGAAACAUAUUACUUUGUUUAAUCCUUGUUUCCCACAUAGAAAAAGAAGCCCAAAGAACUUAGGCAUUCUAACCUGGAUUUAGAAAGGCAGGAAUUGGUAGGGUCAAUAUUUGCCCAAAUUCAAAAAAUGGUGCUCAUUUUUAUUAGCUUCUUGUUUGUGCAACUUAACUCAGUCAUAAAAUCUGAGAUUUUUUUUCUGCAGAACUGGGUUUUGGUAGGAUUCUGAGAUGCACAGGACAUUUCUUUCUGCAGAAACACAGAGCACCGAGCCCCUGUCAGGGUUGCUGAUACCGUCGCGCGUUCUGUGGCGCUGACUUUCAUCAUUUCUUUGCUCCCUCAUGAAGCCUCAGUGACACUAGAAAUAUCUUAUACUACUAACACAAACAGAUUGGCCCUAGAGCUCAGGUAAUGAAUAAAGAUGGAAAAGUAAAUGCUUGACAUUCUUCACACCCUGGGUAAGUAUUUAUGCUCAAUAAAACAGAAAUAAUGGCCCUGGAAGAGGCUGUAACUCAAGCUAGGCUGGUGACGGCCCUGCAGACCCCAGGCAAGCACUCAUUACGAAUGACCAGACCCUCGUUCACCUGAUCUUAAAGCAACAGUAGCAGGCAUGCUUCUCUCAGGUUAGUUUUGGUGCAGCAAAACCAUGGUCAUCACAGCUGUGACUUGAACCAUUUUGCCAACGACUCCAUCAGCUACACGGCGUGCUUAGUGAGGUUAGUAUUAAACCGGAAAAUCUACAUUUAGUCCACGUGUCACAGACUAUGGAACUCUUAACACGAAUUAGGUGACUCACUAACAAAACAAAGUGUGUUGUAUCUGGCAGCCAAGAAGCUUCUUUUCCACGGUAUCUGUAAAUUCUUUUUUACAAUGAGGAAUCCAUGGUCACCGUGAAACAGGAAAUUGAGACAGAAAAUGAGAUUAUAAUAUCAUAAUAGCUUCUUCUACCAUACAUAGUAUUUUGAGCGAAACUGGGGCUUGCGGGGGGGGGGGAGACAGGUGUUUCCAAUAAUAUACAAUUUGCUCACCUAUCAAUUAAGAGCCAAGUUGAAAAUCUGGCGAUUUUCCAAAUCAAUUUUUCUCUGACUUGAUGUUCACCUGUUAAAGACCUCUCUAUAACA